GGAAGGAUACGUUCCGACGACUCCUUGUGAGGGCUCCUACGCAAUGAUGGGAGGAGGUGAACACAGGGAGCAGGAGGGGGAGGAGGAGGACGACAGGAGGAAGCACAAGACCCAAUACUCGGCACCAUCAUGGCACCUAUCGGAUUAAAGGCGGUGGUCGGAGAGAAAAUUAUGAAUGAUGUCAUCAAGAAGGUGAAGAAGAAGGGCGAAUGGAAGGCCCUGAUUGUGGACCAGCUCAGCAUGAGGAUGUUGUCCUCUUGCUGCAAGAUGACGGACAUCAUGACAGAGGGCAUCACCAUUGUGGAGGACAUCAACAAGCGACGAGAGCCUCUUCCCAGCCUGGAGGCCAUUUUUCUGAUUACGCCGACAGAGAAGUCAGUCCACACCCUCAUUGGAGACUUCAAGGACCCGCAUUCGGCAAAAUACAAAGCGGCUCAUGUUUUCUUCACCGACUCCUGUCCCGAUCCCCUCUUCAAUGAGCUGGUCAAGAGCCGCGCUUCCAAAACCAUCAAGACAUUGACGGAGAUCAACAUCGCCUUCUUGCCGUACGAGUCUCAGGUGUACUCUCUGGACAAUGCCGAUGCCUUUCACAGUUUCUACAGCCCUCAUAAGACCCAGCUGAAGAACCCCGUGAUGGAGAGGCUGGCUGAGCAACUGGCCACGCUGUGCGCCACGCUGAAGGAGUACCCUGCGGUCAGAUACCGAGGGGACUACAAAGACAACGCCACCUUGGCUCAGCUGGUUCAGGAUAAACUGGAUGCCUACAAGGCUGAUGACCCCACCAUGGGAGAGGGUCCGGAUAAGGCCCGCUCCCAAUUGAUCAUCCUGGACAGGGCCUUUGACCCCGUCUCACCUGUCCUGCAUGAGCUCACCUUCCAGGCUAUGGGCUACGAUUUGCUGCCAAUCGAAAACGACGUCUACAAGUACGACACGAGCGGCAUGGGAGACUCUCGUGAGAAAGAGGUUCUUCUCCACGAAGACGAUGAUCUGUGGGUGAGCCUGAGACACAAACACAUUGCAGAGGUGUCCCAGGAAGUGACGCGCCAGCUGAAGGAGUUUUCCUCCAGCAAGAGAAUGAACACCGGAGAGAAGACCACAAUGAGGGAUCUGUCCCAGAUGUUGAAGAAAAUGCCCCAAUAUCAGAAGGAACUCAGCAAGUAUUCCACUCACCUGCAGCUGGCGGAAGACUGCAUGAAGCAUUACCAGGGAACAGUGGACAAGCUGUGCCGCGUGGAACAGGACCUGGCGAUGGGCACGGAUGCCGAGGGGGAGAAGAUCAAAGACCCAAUGAGGGCCAUCGUGCCCAUUCUGCUGGAUGCCAACGUCAGCACAUACGACAAGAUUCGCAUCAUCCUGCUCUACAUCUUCCUCAAGAACGGCAUCACGGAGGAGAACCUGAACAAGCUCAUCCAGCACGCUCAGAUUCCCCCUGAAGACAGCGAGAUCAUCACCAACAUGGCGCAUCUGGGUGUCCCGAUUGUCACCGACUCAACCCUCCGCCGAGGCAAGAAAUUGGACAGGAAGGAGCGGGUCAGUGAGCAGACCUACCAAUUGUCCCGCUGGACACCGCUGGUCAAGGACAUCAUGGAGGAUGCCAUUGAUGAUAAACUCGACACAAAGCACUACCCCUACAUUUCCACCCGCUCUUCUGCUUCCUUCAGCACCACUGCCGUCAGCGCUCGGUACGGACACUGGCACAAGAACAAGACACCCGGAGAAUACCGCACAGGCCCGAGGGUCAUGGUCUUCAUCAUUGGGGGAGUGUCCUUUAGCGAGAUGCGCUGCGCCUACGAGGUCACACAGGCCAACGGCAAGUGGGAAGCCAUCAUCGGUUCCACCCACAUGCUCACCCCCACCAAAUUCUUAUCGGACCUGCAGCACCCCGACUUCCGAGAGUCCACUAGGGUGUCCUUUGAGGACGCGGACGCCUCAGACGAGUGAGGCAGAGACAGAUUGGGAGGGAGGGAGAGAGAAAUCACACAGACAAAAAAAGAUCAACCAACAUCUUUACCCCCACCACCCUGCUGGAGCAGCUCAAGGCCAUGAACAAACCAGACGAAGAAGUGACGAGUUAAAAAUCUCUGCCCCCCCCCCUCGUCCAAUCUCUCUCCUCUUUACUUUCCUAUUUACAUCAACCAUUACCUUUCUUCUGUAUGCAUCUUGCUUGAGGAUAAUAAUAAGAGUAAAAAAAAAAACGUCAUCAAAGAUGACAAGAAAAUAUAUGUUCUCACAAAAGAGUAAAAAAACAAGUAUUCUCAUGUUUUGCAAUGGAUGCAAAGAAACGACUUGAUUGAGGUAUCCAGAGCAGUCGGCCAUUUUAAAAGGAACACACCAAAAUGUCAGCGUGUACUGUAUGCUAUAAAACCUGCUAGAAUAUGUCAAAGGUCAAUCUAUCCUUGUUGGUCGUCCUGGGGUACCCGCUUCGGGUCAGUGUCGUGAAAGCGGCUGGAGGAGGGGAUGUGCCAUUUGAGAGGUUCGAGUUGUAAAAUAUAUCAUAUCAAUCAACAUGCAAUAUAUAUAUAAAAAUAUAUCUAACCGGGGAGGAGUUGCCCCCUGCCGCCCAUUUGAGAUGUUUGUAUCAAAGUAGCAUGCUUGGACGUAUCUGGACUGUUAACUGUGUUUGUAUCCCGUGUGGAUGUGUGUUUGGGGAGCUCAGCUUUUCUUUUCCACCCAAGAUUGUGUUUUGGAUACUCUACUGAAAGACCUUUCCGCUUUCCCAAAACGUCUACGGAAGCAUCCGCGGCUCAGCUUGCGGCUCGGCGCGCGAGCUCAGACUAUGCAAAUUCACCACGCGAACGCUUUCGCCGUCACUUGAGGGAUCGUUGCGGUCCGGUCACUUGGUGAUUUUUAAAGCAAGUCAUCCCUCCACUGACAGCCCAGAUUAUGAAGUAUUCAACUGCCCCCCCUUCUCCAGACAAUGUCAAGUUUUCAUGUUAAAUGAAUACGCUAAACCAGUGGUGUCCAAAUUAAAGCCCAGGGGCCAUUUACGGCCCGCUAUCCAUUUUCAGCGGACCGCGACAUGUCCCCCUGCUCUAAAAAAAUAUAUAUAUUACAAAUGACAUUUGACAUGGCUAGUUAGAAAAACUGAAGGUGGGCAGAGUGAGAAAGGAGAGAACUUUUCUCUAUAUUCCUAGAUUUAAAUAAAAGAAGAACAUCAUAUAUCUUCAAAAUGCUGUCGUGAAUAAGGAGAAUUCAAUGUUUGAGCUAAAAAUAGUUUCUUCCACUUUGUGCUCUAUGAAUAUUUAUGAAGACAUCACAUCAACGAUCCUCAAGUAACUGAAAAAUGGUCACCUUACUACAGUUAGUUCUUUUUUCGGUCUGAACGUGGCCCUUUCAUCCUUCCAUUUUUUUUUCUGCAUGCGGCCCUCAACCAAACAAGUUUGGACGCCCCUGCUCGAAAAGAAGCCUUCUUGUGUUUCAGUAUUGUAUCCUGUCAGUCUUAUUAUUGCUUGUCGUAAUGACGUUUCAUUGGAACAUGCACUGUGUCGGUGUUGUGAUGCCAUUUGUUGCCGUUUAGCGUCUCACUGUUGGAUGUUUCGGACUGUGAAGUAGUGCUAACUUUCCUUUAUGAAAGCCAAUAAGACGCCACUGUAUUUGCAAUGUUUUAGCUGUAGCUGUUAGCUGGAAACAAACGAAAAAAAAGAAAAGAAUAUCUAUAUUUUCUUUGCCUGAUUUUCCGCUGGUGCAAAUGUAAAUCCUCUCCGAUGGUGAAUGGCUUUGCAAGAGAAAACAAAAAAAAAAUCCACAUUUCCUCCCAUCCCUUUUCCUCUUACCCAGCCAAACAAGUUGAAUAUUGCACUUCAAGUUUUCUGUGCUGCAAAUGCUUACUGGUGUUUAUUUUUGUUUCAAUUCAUUUGCCGUUCUAGCGGAUGAACUGUCAUAUUGCUUGAUUUCUUUCCCAAUUUCCAUCCGUCCAUUAUCCGAACCGCUUAUCCUAAUUAGAAAAGUAUCAGCACAUUAGUCUGUCGUUAAAUUGUUUAACUUAUUGGGAAUGUAUGUUUGCGAGUGUUGAAGCACAAACAAUACUUCCAUGUGUAACAUAUAUGUACUAAGGCUGUCGAAUAAAUUGGCUUCCAUUA